AUGCCGAACCCGCGGCAGCCGCUGGCGGCGCACGAGAUGCCGCCGUUCCGCACGCCGUACCUCAUCCACCGCGACAACACGCAGUGGGACGCGCAGAGCCCUGCGACGGCGGCCCUCUUCUUCGUGCGCAAGUUCGACCGGGUCCGCGUCGUCAUCUACGAGUACGCCACCUUCGGCUACGUCGACCUUGACCUUAUGGGGUUCGAGGAGCUCUGGCGCGCGGAGCCGAGGCCCGCUGCUGCUGUCGACGGCAUGGACGGCUUCAACGUAGUGGAGAAGUGGUUCCCGCUCAGCGGUGGCACGCUCAGCGAGGGCGAGCUGCGUCUACGCCUCUUCCGCGUGCCGACGAACGCGGCGCUGAGCGCACGCGAGAAGAUAGUGGCGAAUGUGAACAAGGAUCGGCGGCGCCGGGCGCGCGAGUUAGAACAAAGGAGAGAAGAGGUCGCGCGGAAGCGGUACAAGCAGAGCUGCAGUGUGAUGUAA